CAAACGUGGUGCGCAUAACAUGUUUUAGGAGGCGUUCUUUGUGCCAUUGUUCAAUCAAGUAAAAACGAGAAAACGGAUAAAUGGACCGUGGUUCAAAGCGCAGGCAGGUGAAGCCUCUGGCUGCCUCUCUGCUGGACGCUUUAGAUUAUGACAGCUCAGAUGACAGCGAUUUCGAAGUGGGAGAUGCAGAUGCCUCAGGGUCAGAGGGUAGUGCCAUUGGGAGUGAUGAGGAGGAGGAGGGGUCCAAGGAAGAGAGCGCUGCUGAGGACUCUGACAAUGACAGCGGCUCGGACAACAUCGGCUCUGCAGCGGACGGCAUCGAUGAAGAACAGACCAAGGAGCUGACAGGUGACGACACCCCCACUGAGGAAGAGGAGAAGACCAAGGAACAGCAGCUGUCCUAUGACUCUAGCACCACCACCACUAAAGACCCUGCUCCAUCAGGGGUGCCCAGGGGCCGACGGAGGAGAGAGGAGAAGGCCUCGGACACAGAGGCUGGGAGCGGAGGAAGCGGGAGUGGCACAGGUAGUGGUAAUGCGCAGGACGGAGGCUCAACAACGGCUGCCACACAGGAGCCCAAGAAGUGGAACCUGCGUCGGAACCGACCCAUGCUGGAUUUCACCACCAUGGACGAGCUCAACGAGAUGGACGACUACGACAGUGAAGACGACAAUGACUGGAGGCCCGCCGCCGGCAAGAAGAAGGGCAAGACGGCGGCUGCCCAGAAAGGAGGGAGCGAGGGAGAGGAGGACGAGGAGGACCACGACGGAGGCAGCGGUAGUGAUGAUGACGACGACAACGAGGAUGACGAUGGUGGUGAUGAAAAUGAGAAUGAAGAAGGGAGCAGUAGCGACAGUGAUAAAGAGGUGAAGAAACCCAAGAGGAAAGUAAAGAGCAGCAGUGUGUUUGACGAGGAGCUGACCAACGACAGCAUGUCACAGGGAAAGAGCAAUGAGGAUGCCUUGCUGGAGCGUGCCCAGACGUGGAGCGCGGCGGCCCAGAGGAUGGAACACAUCCUGAUCUGCUGUGUGUGUCUGGGAGACAACAGCGAGGACGCUGACGAGAUCAUCCAGUGUGACAACUGUGGCGUGACCGUACACGAAGGUUGCUAUGGAGUGGACGGGGAGAGUGACUCCAUCAUGAGUUCCGCCUCGGAGAACUCCACGGAACCGUGGUUCUGCGAUGCUUGCAAGAACGGAGUCACGCCCAGCUGUGAGCUCUGCCCCAAUCAGGACGGGAUCUUCAAAGAGACUGACGCUGGGAGAUGGGUCCAUGUGGUUUGUGCGCUCUACGUCCCUGGAGUAGCGUUUGGGGACAUUGAUAAACUACGACCAGUGACUCUCACAGAGAUGAACUACUCCAAGUAUGGGGCCAAGGAGUGCAGUUUCUGCGAGGACGCCCGGUUCGCCCGGACAGGCGUGUGUAUCAGCUGUGAUGCUGGCAUGUGCCGAUCCUACUUCCAUGUGACCUGUGCUCAGAGGGAGGGGCUUCUCUCAGAGGCCGCUGCGGAGGAGGACAUAGCCGAUCCCUUCUUUGCGUAUUGUAAGCAGCAUGCAGACCGCUAUGACAGGAAGUGGAAGAGGAAGAACUACCUGGCACUCCAGUCCUACUGCAAGGCGUCUCUACAGGACAAAGAGAAGCAGCUGGCCCCUGAGGCACAGGCCCGUAUCACCACCCGGCUGCAGCAGUACCGGGCCAGGGCAGAGCUGUCCCGUAACACGCGGCCCCAGGCCUGGGUCCCCCGGGAGAAGCUUCCACGACCCCUGACCUCCAGCGCCUCCGCCAUCAGGAAGCUCAUGAGAAAGGCCGAGCUCAUGGGCAUCAGCACGGACAUCUUCCCUGUAGACACGUCAGACAUCAGCGCAAGUGUGGACGGACGCAGGAAACACAAGCAGCCCGCCCUCACUGCAGACUUCGUCAACUAUUACCUGGAACAACAUCCCCCACCCCCAGCUAUCUCCCAUCAGAACAACAUCCCUCAGCUAUCUCCCAUCAGAACAACAUCCCCCACCCCCAGCUAUCGACCAUCAGAACAUCCCCCAGCUUUCUCCCACCAGAACAACAUCCCCCAGCUAUCUCCAUCAGAACAACAUCCCCCAGCUAUCUCCCAUCAGAACAACAUCCCCCCAGCUAUCUCCCAUCAGAACAACAUCCCCCAGCUAUCUCCCAUCAGAACAACACCCCCCAGCUAUCUCCCAUCAGAACAACAUCCCCCAGCUAUCUCCCAUCAGAACAACAUCCCCCAGCUAUCUCCCAUCAGAACAACAUCCCCCAGCUAUCUCCCAUCAGAACAACAUCCCCCAGCUAUCUCCCAUCAGAACAACAUCCCCCAGCUAUCUCCCAUCAGAACAACAUCCCUCAGCUAUCUCCCAUCAGAACAACAUCCCCCACCCCCAGCUAUCGCCCAUCAGAACAACACCCCCCAGCUAUCGCCCAUCAGAACAACAUCCCCCAGCUAUGCCCAUCCCAGAACAACAUCCCCCAGCUAUCUCCCAUCAGAACAACAUCCCCCAGCUAUCUCAUCAGAACAACAUCCCCCAGCUAUUCCAUCAGAAAACAUCCCCCAGCUUUCUCCCACCAGAACAACAUCCCCCACCCCCAGCUAUCGACCAUCAGAACAUCCCCCAGCUAUCUCCCAUCAGAACAACAUCCCCCACCCCCAGCUAUCUCCCAUCAGAACAACAUCCCCCACCCCAGCUAUCGCCCAUCAGAACAACACCCCCCAGCUAUCGCCCAUCAGAACAACAUCCCCCAGCUAUCUCCCAUCAGAACAACAUCCCCCAGCUAUCUCCCAUCAGAACAACAUCCCCCAGCUAUCUCCCAUCAGAACAACAUCCCCCAGCUAUCGCUCAUCAGAACAACAUCCCCCAGCUAUCUCCCAUCAGAACAACAUCCCCCAGCUAUCUCCCAUCAGAAACAACAUCCCACAGCUAUCUCCCCAUCAGAACAACAUCCCCAGCUAUCUCCCAUCAGAACAACAUCCCCCAGCUAUCUCCCAAGAAAACACAUCCCCCAUCCCCCAGCUAUCUCCCAUCAGAACAAACAUCCCCCAGCUAUCUCCCAUCAGAACAACAUCCCCACCCCCAGCUAUCUCCAUCAGAACAACAUCCCCCCCCCCCAGCUAUCUCCCAUCAGAACAACAUCCCCCACCCCCAGCUAUCGCCCAUCAGAACAACACCCCCCAGCUAUCGCCCAUCAGAACAACAUCCCCCAGCUAUCGCCCAUCAGAACAACAUCCCCCAGCUAUCGCCCAUCAGAACAACAUCCCCCAGCUAUCUCCCAUCAGAACAACAUCCCCCAGCUAUCUCCCAUCAGAACAACAUCCCCCAGCUAUCUCCCAUCAGAACAACAUCCCCCACCCCCAGCUAUCUCCCAUCAGAACAACAUCCCCCAUCCCCAGCUAUCGACCAUCAGAACAUCCCCCAGCUAUCUUCCAUCAGAACAACAUCCCAGACAGGCUGCAGAUGAUCCCUCUCUCCUCUCUCUACCUCUACCACUCUACUUCUACCUUUCUCUACCUCCCGCUUCUUCUCAGGCAAUGUUCAGAGUGUGACCAGGCCAGUAGCGAUGAUGCCGACAUCGCCAUGGAGACGCUGCCCGACGGUACCAAGAGGUCUCGGAGACAGAUUAAAGGACCAAUCAAAUUCAUCCCUCAGGAGAUGUCCCCGGAGCCCAAGAAACGAGAUGUGAGGGGCACGAGAACCAGAGGGCAGAAGAGGAAGAGGGUGUCCAUCUGUGAAGAAGAGCGGUUUGAAGUGCAGGAACCUGCUCUACGUGAACGGCGUCAGCGUCAGUCUGUAAUGCAGAAGAAGACCCCUAAAGCCGACGACACCAGGACUGACUGUACCUCCUGCAAAGGACCCGGGGACAACGAGAACCUCGUCAGGUGUGAUGAGUGUUGUCUGUGCUACCACUUUGGCUGUCUGGACCCUCCCCUGAAGAAGUCUCCCAAGCAGACAGGAUACGGCUGGAUCUGCCAGGAGUGUGACACUUCCUCCUCCAAGGAAGAAGAGGAGGAGCAUGAGGAGGAUGAAGAGGACGAUUCAUUCAAAGAGGAAACGACAGAGCACGACAUCCCAACAGAAAUUCCCAACUGAAACAAAAACAACUGUGUGACCUUAUCUUGAGCACAGUGAUCUUCAUGUUAUUGGUCAGCGGUCGGUCAGUGUCAUCAAUUCCACUUCAAAGAUCUGUAGGUAACAGGACAGUCUGUAAUGUCUCACAGUUUUACUGACAUUACUGCUCAUCUCUAGCCUGGUCCCAGAUCUGUUUGUCCUGGUUUGCAGCUAAUGACAACACAAACAAGAUGGCAUCAACAGAUCUGGGAUCAGGCUAACACACCUUUUCUUCUCAGUAAGAUAUGGGACAGAGCACAGAGGUACUAACCACGUUCGUUUUGUAGCCAGAGGAACAGUAUAUUUUAGAGUAGAGAAUGUAUUUGGUAAAGAAUGUACCGUGGAAUCUUUUAGAGGGAAUUCAAGUCAUAGUAUAUAUUUUCAAAAAGGACAGAUCUGAAGCCUCACGCUCGCUAUGGUAACUGGAGAUGAUGUCGCUGACAUGCAGGUUUUAUCAUAGAAAUAUACAAUCUAGAAUCUAUUUUAGGUUAUAUAUUCUAGAUUGUGUUUCUAUAGUUUGUAUAUAAGAUCUUCAUGAAACGGCUCCUCAAUGUAUUCUGACUAAGAAGGUUUUCAUUCGGGGGAGUCCAGUGUUAGAUUUCUGUUUUCAGGGGUAUCUGUCAAUGGCGGUAUUUUGCAGCAGAGAUGAAAUCAAAUAUAAAACCCAGAGAAAGUAUCUGGAUGGACCAGACCAGUCAGACUGUUAGAGGAUAUGAACCUGCUUAUGACCAACCAAACAUUUUCCUUCAGAUCUAUUUUCAUACACUAAUCAUUAUACAGUAUGGUGUUCACACUAUCCUCAGUAGCCUGCUCCCAAAUCUGGGAUCAUGCUAUCUCCUCAAUGCCCUGUUUACAUACACUGUAUGUGAAGUAUUCAGUGGGGUCGAGUAUUUCUUAUACAAUCUCUCAUCACCAUUGAAUUGAAACUCUAUUUUCUGUAUGGCAUGUGAACACAACGGUCUUGUAUCACCAGUUUAAAAAAGUUUUUGUUGGUGCUAUCUGGUCUUCUCUCUAUCGAUUGUCAUGACCUCUUUUUUUAUGAGUUUUUAUGUUUGUAUGCAUUUAUGUUCACACUGUCUGACAUGUCAGUAACCUCAUACAUAUGGUGUGGCCUGUUGGUGGCACCAAUUUGAAGUCAGCUAUCCUCUUUGCUUGUGGCUGCACUACAAGUCAAAGGAAACCAACUCUGGCUUAUAACCGUUGACUUACCUGUUUAAGUGCUACCAAUGUAUCAUUGUAUGUUUUGAUUUGACAUUAAAGCAACAAGGAAAAGGUCAUGUAUUUUUGGGGGGGAUAUGCAUUUGCUAAGAGUAUGUAUUUAGAUACUUUGUAAACGUUAAAGUGCCAAUAAACUUCAAUUCCACAACAAUA